UUGGAGAGUUUAUGGAAGAUCUCAACCCUUUUUUCUUAUGGGUCGUGUUACUAUGGUUUAUUCAUUUAUUGGCCUUAGUAUGAGCUAUACAGUAAAAUAAGAAUUUUAACUUUCUCGCUGCACCGGUAUACCCGCAAAAAAAAAGUUCUGCUGUAAAGGACUAGAGCACGCCUUACGAGCGAGCUUGUUUCUCACUCACCCUUCCAUCUGGAUUUUGUUUGCUAAAACUCUGCACCCCCUCACGAAAAGCGAAUGGCGGAAGAAAUACAUUAUCACUACCACCACACGCAUCGUCGUCAUCACGGAGGGAACGACACCUCCCAAGAAGGCAAAGAAGCAGAGAUUAUUAAACCCGGACACAGUAUGAAAGAUACAGAAGGCCGACAACAACAUGAAAAUUACGACAAGAGUGAUCAUGACGAAGAGCAGCAUGUGCCCAGGAAAGUCCCGGAAGUGAAGCUUUACCACACACGCUACUUCGAGAAUCCUUUUCCGGAGUAUUAUGGGCAGCCAGUUGGCGAUUCAGGGAUAGCGUACCUUGAAGACGCGCCGGGACUGCUGCGAAAGGUUUACCACUAUUACAGCGAAGUAGAUCUGACUGCACAACAUGCAGACAUCUACACUGGACUAGCAGGCGUUGCAUAUUCCUGCAUGCGGAUUGCUCAGACGCGGAACAUUGCCGAGACGGAUAGAGAAAUGGCCGUUGGUCUAGGACGACGUCUUCUGGAGGCUGCACUGGUAGAUACAGGUGAAAAAGACGACGGUUUCCUUAUCGGUGCGCCGGGCGUCUUUGUUGUUGGGGCACUGUUUUACCACGCAACGGGGGAAGUUGAAAAAGCUGAACAAUGCUUACUGACCUUUGCUGAUUUCUGUAAAAAUGUCGACUCUAUUAAGCACCAUAAAUCCAGUGGGGAUGAGUUAUUUUCUGGCAGAGCUGGCUAUUUGGCGGGUCUUCUGGAAUUGUGGAAAGUUUUUCCUAAUCACGAGAUUCUGAAAUCUAUCGAUGUGAAAGCUAUUGUCGAAGCAAUAAUUCAUUCUGGUCGCAAAUACAGUAAAAAGCAAAGACUGGAGGAUGUGAGCCCGCUGUACUUUUAUCAUUUUGAUUCCGACUAUCUGGGUCAUGCUCACGGGGCGUCAUUCAUACUGCAAAUGCUGCUGUCAUUCCUUCCUGUACUGAAGCAGAUCUCCGGUGCCGAAGAGGACAUUAAAAAAAGCAUUGACUAUCUUAUUGGUCAGCACGAUAAAAGUGGCAAUUUCCCGCCUGUGUUCGGUGAGAAACGCUUGGAUCCUCAUGAUGAAUUGGUGCACUGGUGUCACGGUGCUCCCGGUGUCAUAUACAUGGUGGCGAAGGCUUAUAUGGUAUACAAAGACAAAAAGUAUUUGGAUGUCUGCGAGCUGUCGGCCGACUGUAUUUGGAAGAAAGGAUUGUUGCGAAAAGGUCCUGGAAUAUGCCACGGAAUUGCGGGAAACGGUUAUGCAUUUCUGAUUAUGUAUCGUCUCACCGGACAGGCAGAAUAUUAUUAUCGAGCUCAAAGUUUCGCUGACAUUAUGUUCCAUGCGAAGGUUCAAGAGAAAUCUCGCACGCCGGAUCAUCCAUAUUCGUUGUUCGAAGGUGUUGCAGGAAGUGCGUGCUUCUUGGUUGAUCUGGUGAACCCUGAACAUGCCCAGUUUCCAUUUUGCGAUAUUUUUGCCAGUUUUUAACUUUUCUAAUAUUGUUUGAUAACCUCUGUGACGGGUAUCAUUUCCUCUUUGAUGUAUGUCUUGGAUUGUCUUCCCCAGGUUCACAUCGCUUUUUGUCUCUUUCUGUAUGAUGACCUUGAUUGUUAAGUGAUUGAUGAUUCUUAUAAUUUUGCAAAAUAAUAUUCAGCCUGGACACUGAUGGAUGAGAUCG